UAUCACCAGUUAAGACUUCACAUAUUCAAUUUUUAUCUGUUAAUGUUGGUAAUUCCGAUUCCAAGUCUGAGAUUUCUCCAAACUCAGUUCUUGAAAAACAGCCAGUGUUUCGGCACAGCCGACGAGUAAACACGAACCCCCGGCCGAAGGACGAGGAUGCCGACGAGCCGAGCGCAUUGCAUGUUGCUUUUGGCUGCCGGGGAGUAUAAAUACCGGAGACGCACGCCUGUCGGCCAUCAGUUCUCCAGCCGAUUUCCCCUUGGACACGCGACGGUGGUCCAUUCGUUCGUCCUUUGGUCCUUGCGUCAAAAAUCUCGCUGCGAAUAUAGCGCUCUGUUUUUUUUUUGUUUGUUUGUUUGUUGCUGUUCCUUACUUUACUGUGUGCACGUGUGCAAUGUUCACCAAUUGGCUGACGGGCAGCAGCACGGCGGCAACUCGUUCCGCCUCCACAUCGGGAAUCGGAGGUGCCGGAAGUGGGGGACCGGGCGGAGUUAGUGCCUCCGCCCUGGUGAUGAGUUCGCCACCGGAUGUUAUCCUCGAGGUGGGCCCAGCGCCCAGCAGUGUGCGUUUCGUGGCCCACUCACUGGUGCUGGGCAUGCACAGUGGUUACCUGAGAUCCGCCAUCCGUUUGGAUGAGGCAUCGGCGGCUUCGGUGGUGCCGGCUCCCAAUCUCACAUCGAACUCCUCAUCGGCGACCACGGCAACUGGGGAACUACUCUUAUAUCUCAGCAAUGUCACGGCCGAUCAGUUUGCACCGCUGCUAACGUACAUGUACACGGGAUAUCUGGACCUGACCGUCGACAAUAUCUUUGCAGUUCUGCUGGCCACCCAUGUCCUGCACAUGCCAAGGGCUCUGGAAAUCUGCCGCUCCUUUUUGGCGCGAGCUCAAACGGAGGGCUAUUUAAACGGCAAUCCCGCCCAGCUUUGUCCAGUUCCCGGCAUUCAGGCAGCCGCCAAGGUCAUCCGGCCGAUACCCAGCAAGGCCACCAUGCCGAAUUUUGGUUUUCUACCCAUGCCACAAGCCCAGCCAAGUGCUCCACCUCCACCGCCACCUCAACCGGCUCAUCCACAAACAGCUGCUGCCACUCCAGCAUCCCUGAGUUCUUUCGCCGGCUCCAUUUCGCUGAUGGAUAACGAACACUCGACCCGGAUCCAGGACAACGACGAAGAGGAUGAGGAUGUGGAGGUGUUCAUAGACAGCAAUACGGUGACGGAUAACGAGGCUGAUCCCGAGCCGGAUGUGGACAUGGAUUGCAAUGUGUCGGUGGUGAGUUCCCUGGCCGGAAGCAGUGCCGGCAGUCUGAACAUCGAGCGUUUGGAUGUGAAGCCACCAACUCCAGUGCCAAUAGUUGCGCCACCCAAAUCCCAAUCCCAAAGUAUCCAGCCGAAAAUGCCCAGCUCCAAGCGGGAGACACAAACAAAGGGUAGUAGGGGUAAUAAAACCAGAUCGAGAAAAUCCAGUGGCCUGCAGGUGGCCAAGGCUCCAGUGCCGGCAGCCCAAUUGGAAAUGGCCAGUGCCGCCACACCCAUAACACCCUCGAAAUUCAUUAUCGAUGUGGCCAGUUGCGAUGGACCAGUGAGAUUUCGUAGGAUUCUCAACACAGCCUAUGGCCACAAGCCCGAGGGAAUGGAUUCGGGAUCAUUGAGCAGCGGAGGAGCAGUAGCAGCUGGAGGAUCUUCAUCCACAGCAGUGGAGCAGCAUCGCAGCCAGCAGAGUGUGAGCUACUCCUUUCACCAGCAAAUGGCCAGGGCCAUCAGUAGUCAGCAGCGACAGUUGAGUCACCAGCAGCAGGAGGAGAGCGAGAACAGUGGCGAUGCCACUGGGGCAAAGCCACAGGCAACAGGAGCAACUGCAUCAUCAUCAUCAUCGUCAACAUCAGCAACCAAUAGAAAACCACAGGCAGCCGGCUCAACGGCCACUUCAACCAGUGGUUCCGGCGGCAAUCAGGAGCUAUAUGUAUGUGUCUAUUGCAAGCACACCUUCAAAUCACAAUAUUGCUAUCAAAAGCAUGCCAAGCGGCAUUUGAAUCCAUUGAGUUUGACCACGGCGGAUAAGAAACUACUCGCAGAACCGGCCAGUUUGUUGGCCAGUAGUGGCAACCAGGAAACAGAUAACCAAACAGGUCAAAAUGGAGCAACAGCAGAGCGAAAUGGAGCCGUUGGAGGUGGAGCAACUGGAGCAACAUCUGCCUUGUUGCGACGAGAGGUGCGACCCUUGGACAUGAAUGUGCAAUAUUAUCCAUGCAAAACGUGUGGCAGCAAGUUUCCCAGCUACUAUUUCGUGCACAAGCAUCGGAAAAUGUGCCAUGCGGAUGAAAUCGAAGCCACUGCCACGAGCAACACAAGCAACACUAGCAACACAAGCAACAACAGCAGCAGCAACACCAGCAACAGCAGCAGCAACAGCAACAGCAGUACCAGCAACACGAAACGCGACCCAGCAGCAACAACAUCAGCAGCAACAACAACUGCUGAUGAUCAGCAGCAACCUCAACAGCAAUCCUAAGAUAUAUAUCUACAUCAUAUCAAACAAGGCACUGGCAAAAUCAAAGCAACGAAAUCUACGAAUUUAUAUACACAACAAACACACACUCAACACCAUACACGCUAAAUGUUUUUUUUUUUCGCUCUAGAAAUGCAAUUAAAUAAAUAAAAAGUAUUUUAAAAAUCACAAUGAUAGAGA